AUGGAAAAGUUUUUUGAUGCGAAAAAUUGCUCAUCACAAACUAGGUUGGCAUAUUCCGAGUAUCAGCUGUUUGGAGAAGCAAUACACUGGUGGGACAACAUGAAGCUAGUAUUACAGGAAGGUGGUGAGAUUAUUACCUGGGAAGUUUUUAAGAAUAAGUUUUACGCUGAGUACUUUCCGGAAAGUGUAAGAUAUGCAAAAGAGGUGGAGUUCUUGCAGCUCGUGCAAGGUAACAAGUCGGUGGUUGAGUAUGCAGACAAGUUCAAACAGUUGGGACGUUUCUACACCCAACCAGCAAAUGAAGAAUGGAGGGGUAGGAAAUUUAAAAAUGGAUUGAGAGCAGACAUACAACUAGCCGUGAACCCUUUAGCUAUUAAAGAGUUUUAUGCUUUAAUUGAACAUGCCAAAGUUGCGGAAAGGUUAACGAGUGAGAUUGAAGUUCAGCAGAAGUCACAAAGGGUGGGAGGACCAUCUGGGGCACGAGUUGGACAACAUGUAAGGAAUCGACCUUAUGACAGACCACAUCCUCAUAGGAAUUCUCAUCAGCAACAACAUCAAGAGAGAAUAAUCCGAUGUUUCGUCUGCGGAGGACCUCAUCUGAAGAGCGUCUGUCCACAAGUUAAUCUGCGGAACAAAUGUUUUAUUUAUGGAGCAGAAGGACAUUUUGCUAGAGAUUGUCCCUCUAACAGAAGAGAAACAACUCAACCUCAACAACCGCCUCAACAGGGAAGGACAAGCCACAAGCGACUGGAAGAGUCUAUGCUUUAA